CCGUUUUGUGAAAUGGAUAGUUGGAUACUGGUUGUUCACUUCCUCUGUCUCUCCAUGUAUAAUGACUAUUAAAGGGAUGGAUAAGGUGCCCUCUGCAUCACAAACUGUAACAUUGAUGAUGGAACCGGAAACAUCUUUGAGCCAUGCUUUCAUGCUCACUCUCUUACUUCUGAACUUCGCUCUCGGAGUUCUGAGUGCUGAUAAUUAUAGCAGAGAUGACUUCCCACUUGAUUUUGUCUUUGGCGCAGGAACCUCUGCUUAUCAGGUGGAAGGAGCCGCUAGCAAAGAUGGAAGAACUCCUAGCAUCUGGGAUACCUUUGCGCAUGCCGGUUAUAUCCAUGGAGAAAAUGGAGAUGUAGCCUGUGAUGAGUACCACAAAUAUAAGGAAGAUGUGCGGCUCAUGGUGGAAACAGGCCUUGAUGCCUACAGAUUUUCCAUUUCUUGGUCGAGACUGAUACCAAAUGGUAGAGGACCCGUCAAUCCCAAAGGGUUACAGUACUACAACAAUCUCAUCAAUGAACUCAUCAGCAAUGGAAUCCAACCACAUGUCACGCUACACAACUUUGAUUUUCCACAGGCACUUGAAGAUGAAUAUGGAGGAUGGGUCAGUCGUGACAUCAUAAGAGACUUCACAGACUAUGCGGAUGUGUGUUUUAGAGAGUUUGGUGACAGAGUGUUGUAUUGGACUAGUGUGAACGAGCCCAAUGUGUUCGCCUUAGGUGGUUAUGAUCAGGGAACUGCCCCACCUCAUCGAUGUUCUCCCCCAUUUUGUGCUACAAACAGCACUAGGGGCAAUUCAACAUCUGAGCCUUACUUGGUAGUUCAUCAUGUUUUGUUAGCGCAUUCUUCAGCUGCAAGAUUGUAUAGGAGAAAGUAUAGGGUAUAUCACCUAAUCUCUCUCUCUCUCUCUCGUUUCAUAUUAUGCAUUUUACUUCUUGACUUAUUUUUUGUUUAUUUAAUUUUUUUAUUGCAGGACAAACAACAUGGAUUUGUUGGUAUAUCUGUCUUCACAUUUGGGAUCUUUCCUGUAACAAAUACAGAAAAAGACAGGGUAGCAUCUCAGAGAUUCCAUGAUUUUCUUGUUGGUUGGAUUGUGGAACCCUUGGUGCAUGGAGACUAUCCCACCUCCAUGAAAACAAAUGCAGGUGCAAGGAUUCCAGCCUUCACAAAUCAUGAAUCCAAACAAGUUAAGGGUUCAUGUGACUUUAUAGGCGUAAUUCACUACACCAAUGUUAAUGUCACAGACAACUCUGACGCCCUGAAGAACAAACUCAGAGAUUACAAUGCAGACAUGGCUAUAAAUUAUUGUAAGUACUUCAUUAAGUUUAUGGAUAGUGACUAUAGUAACACACCAUGGGGUUUACAAGAAGAACUGAGUACAAUCAAGCUCCUUUAUGGCAAUCCUCCUAUAUUCAUUCUUGAAAAUGGUCAACGGACCCCAAACAAUUCAUCACUGCAAGAUGUGUCGAGGGUGCAAUACUUGAGUGCAUAUAUUGGUGGUGUGCUUGAUGCAUUGAGAGAUGGAUCAAAUGUAAAGGGGUAUUUUGCAUGGUCUUUCAUGGAUGUGUUCGAGUUGUUGGGUGGAUACGAGUCGAGUUUUGGUUUAUAUUAUGUUGAUCGGGAUGAUCCAGAGUUGAAGAGAUACCCAAAGCUCUCUGCAAAAUGGUACAGCCAGUUUUUGAAGGGUAAAAGCACCUCUAUAGUUGAAGCCAUUGAACUUGAGAAGGAUCCAUCAUAUUGACCACAUAUUUGAGUAGUUUCUUUAAUUUUGUUUGCAUCUCAGCAUCAUUGCAUAAUGGUGUUCCUAGCUAUGCUUAACUUCCCUUUUGUGUAUAUAUAUUAUUUGGAGAAAGCCUAGCUGCACGGGCAAAUUUCCACUCGGAGAAAGAAGUGGCUGGUAGGUAGAGCCACUGAAGGAAUGUAUAAUGGAAACAAGACUAUGUCGUAUGAUAUGUAUAAGAAAUAAAGAAAUUUAAGACGAGUAUAUAAUUAUGGGUAAUGU